CUCCAAAUACAGACAGAUAAUAUAUAUAAAACAAAAACACUUGUUUGCCAUCUCUAUAUCCAUCCCAUUCUUCUAGUCUUGUUCUCUCAAGUCUGAACCUCUCUCUGUCACUCUCUCUCUUUAACCAUUUAAGCAACUAGAGAGAGAAUCAGAGGCGAAGAAGAGGAUGCUUUCGUUGCAUGUUUCGCGACCAUGGAUUUUGCCUCGAAUUCCGACACUCCACCAUAUUUCUCGUCCUCCGAGGAGACAAUCGAUGCCCUGUCCAUGUUGGUGGAUGAAAUCUUUUGUUUCACGUGUGAGUAAUUUAUUCAUAAGCAGUGAAGGGAAAUGUGAUGCUAAUUUUCGAAGGACAUGUUAUGAGUUGGAUUCCCUUACGAAUUUCAAUGUUUCAGACAAGCUAAAAAAUAGUACACAGGAUGUUUGUGCUAAACUUCUGAUAGCAUCCCUGUCAUCUUAUUUCCUCCUCAAAAUGGUGCAUGUAAACAUAAUGAAUACAUUGAUAAACGUGGCCCGAGAUACACUUUUCUCAUUUGUGGGUACAAGUUUGCCAUUUGCUUGUAUGUCUAGUUCCUUGAAUAAACCUACGCCUCUUCGUUUGGAUGUGUCUUUGCCCUCACUGCAAGAUAUUAAAUGGAGCUUUGCAAGGUUACUUUAUCUAUUCAAUAUCCAACUUGAGAGGAAUGUUUCCACGUUCUUUGUUGUGCUCCUUGCAGCAUGCUUAUUCUUUGUUAUCAUUGGUGGUUUCCUCUUCUACAAGUUCAGGGGUAGUGAGCAAAGUCUGGAAGACUGCUUCUGGGACGCUUGGGCAUGCCUGUGUUCAUCAUCUACUCAUUUAAGACAACGGACACGGGUUGAACGUGUUCUUGGCUUUUCUCUUGCUAUAUGGGGCAUACUAUUCUACUCCCGUCUGUUGAGCACAAUGACAGAACAGUUCAGGAAUAAUAUGCAAAAACUCAGAGAAGGAGCACAAAUGCAAGUUCUGGAGACUGAUCAUAUCAUUAUUUGUGGAUUAAAUAGUCGUCUGGCCUUUAUACUAAAGCAGUUAAAUGAGUAUCAUGAGUUUGCCGUUCGCUUAGGUACUGCUACAGCUAGGAAGCAAAUAAUUCUUCUUUUGUCUGAUCUUCCAAGGAAGCAAAUGGACAAAAUAGCUGACAAUAUUGGCAAAGAUCUUAAUUAUAUUGACCUCAUUACAAAGAGUUGCAGUCUGAGCUUAACAAAAUCAUUUGAAAGGGCUGCAGCUAAUAAGGCACGUGCUAUAAUUAUAUUGCCAACUAAGGAGGAUCGAUAUGAAGUUGAUACGGAUGCAUUUCUUUCUGUACUUGCCCUUCAACCUCUUCCAAAAAUGGCUUCUGUGCCCACCAUUGUUGAGGUUUCAGAUUCCAAUACAUGUGAGCUCUUAAAGUCAAUCUCAGGAUUAAAAGUACAGCCUGUGGAAAAUGUUUCGUCCAAAUUAUUUGUUCAAUGCUCUCGUCAAAAAGCCCUUAUAAAGAUUUACAGACAUUUGCUUAAUUAUCGAAAGAAUGUAUUUAACCUCUUCAAUUUUCCUAAUCUAGCGGGAUUAACAUAUAGGCAAGUAAGACGUGGAUUCCAAGAGUCAGUUGUUUGUGGUCUUUAUCGGGGAGGGAAGAUGUAUUUUCACCCAAGUGAUGAUGAAGUUUUACAGCAAUUUGACAAAGUAUUGUUCAUUGCACCCGUUCAUGGGAAGAAAAAACCUCGGCUUGAAUAUCAAAAUGUUGUCAAAGAAGAAAAUAAGACACCAAUCAAUGUUGAAGUUGUAGAGAAGAACAGUGAAUCUCCUAAACAAUCCUUAGAAAUGAAAAGGAUGAGGCUUGAAAAUAUAGUGAAGCGGCCCACAAAAUCAGGAUCAAAGGCAUCAGACUGGAAUCUAGGACCAAAAGAAUGCAUACUAAUGCUUGGGUGGCGCCCUGAUGUUGUAGAAAUGAUUGCAGAGUAUGAUAAUUAUCUUGGACCUGGCAGUGUAUUGGUAUGUUCUAAUGUUCUUUGGAACUCUUCAUUGUAUCUGCAAUUUUAGUUGAGGAUAUAUAUA